UUACUGUUUCCUGUGUCUCUGCAUUCUUUCAAUAAGAUGCAACUUUUUAGCCUCUUUUGUGGGAUUAAUCCUGAGUAAGGGAAUGUCUCCAUCUGCUGGUGAAAUAGUGGAAACGUGGAGACGUGCAGGUGCACGUUAAAGUAAGAAAUAGGACGGACAAAGUGCGUAUAUAACAUCUGAGCAAAAGUUGCCAAGAAUGUCAUUUGAAGUAUUGAUUUUAAUCUAAAAUCACACAAAAAAAUCGUAAUUUUAUUUUAAACGGUUUCAGGUCAAUUUUUAGUAUUUGUUAUAAUUGCAAAGUGACUCUAAAUGACAACCUGAACCGGAGGAUUAUUAACAAACAGUUUAAAGUGGAGGAGGAAAGAAGUGUAACCAAAAAUACGAGUCGUGUUUGACCAACAGCUCUGGGAUAAACACACCGAGGUGGAAGUGGUCCUUCCGUUUGCAGCAGCCCGCACAUCUUUGGGGGCGACUGUUUUGCUUUUUUUCCUAGCAGGAGUGGCGCUCCGAGGGGUUUAAAAAGGUGCAGUCUGCAAACUUUGGCGCAACAGAGCUCCCAGUGGAAACCAGCAGGAUGGACGUCAGCAAGCGACCGGGGAUGAGGAACACCGUGCUGGCGCUCCUCUUCGCCGUCCUGCAGGGUCUUCCCAUCGGGGAAGCCUCUCCGAACCCGUCCCCGCUGGCUGGAUCCAACUGGGGGAACCCGAGGAGAUACGUCCACCUGCAGACCUCCACCGACUUCAACACCUUCUACCUGGAGAUCAGGCUGGACGGCGCGGUGCGCAGAGCCACGUCCAGGACGUCAUACAGUGUAAUUCUACUGAAAGCUGAAACACGGGAGCGCGUGGCGAUCUUCGGAGUCAAAAGCAACCGCUACUUGUGUAUGGAUUCAGAGGGCAACUCCUACACUUCGUCUGUUUGUCUCCGGGAGGAAUGUUUGUUCAACCACAAGCUUCUGGAGAACAACCGGGACAUAUACUACUCCACCCGGAACAGCAUCCUGUUCAACCUGGAGGGCUCCCGGCAGGUGUACGCAGUGGGUCAGAAUCUGCCGCAGACCGCCCUCUUCCUGCCGAAGAAGAACACGGUGCCGCUGGAGCGCCUCCUGCUGCACAGGGGGAAGAGGAACCAAGUGGUGGACCCCUCAGACCCACACAACGCCCUCACCCGGCAGACCGAGGACGGCUCGGACUCCAGGGCCGUGCGAGAGGACGACGGAGACCUGGAGGCGGAGGUGGAGAUUGAGGUUGGGGACGAUGGGGUCGUCUCCAGAGAGACGCCGCAGCAGGCUCCGUCCAACCACGACCCCUGGAACGUGCAGUCUUCCAGACAGGCUGGCCCCUGGAGCAUCGGCACCGUGGGAUGAGCUUAGAGGGGAAAACUACUCUUAAAGCUGCAGUAUGGAACUUUAAUUAAAAAUACAUAUCUUUACAUAUUUGUUGACACUGUUGACAGCAUGAGACAAAAAAAUCUGGCUCCUCUGUCUUCUUCCAGAGAUAACUACAAACAACCAAUCAGAGCCAGGAGGCGGGUCUUAGUGCUGUCAAUCACCCCUCUGCAUGAAUGCUAAUGUUAUUUAUCGUUAAUGACACAAACGACUGCUUAUAAAUCGUUUUCCUGUAACAGUAAGAUGUUUCUCCUCCAUUAGUGCAUUUAGCAUUGUACAUGAGGAUGAUUGACAGCAGUAAGACCCUCCUCCUGGCGCUGAUUUGUUGGUUUAGGUUGCAUUUCUUCAGAUGGCCAUAGUAGCCCAGGGAAGAGGUGGAGGAGAUUGAUCUUUCCGUAGAUUACCUGUCUCAUAACAAACUGUUACAACAUGGAGAGAGUUUAAACAAAUAUGUAAAAAAAACAUUUUUUAUUUAUAAAAGUUACAUUCUGCUACUUUAAAGUCUUUAGAUUAGGCCAAACUACUGGUGAAUGAUUUAGAAAAGCAGUGUUUACACCCUGAAGGUGGAGCAUUUCACUUGAGUUGCAAUCACUUUUGCACAAUUUCUAUUAUAUUUAAAUAAUCUGUAACAUUCACCAAAAUCAGAUCUUUAGAUUCAACCUUUUUUAAAAUAGUAGUUUAGAUACUUAGAUAAAUUUCCAAAAUGUAAAUUAUAUUCCAUGUAUUUACUUUUUUUUUUUCAAAACUAACAAAGCUCAGUAGAAAUAAUAUUUUCAAAUGUAAAUGUGUACUUUGUGGGUUUUCUUCCCACACUAACAAACCCACAAAGAUGUUUUCCCAAGACAGAAGCCUGACUUAUCCUACCUCUGGAGGACCAAAAGGCCGUCUGCUGGUGUGAAGCCAGCCAGGCAUCGCUUAAAAUCUAACAUAUAAAUAUAUAUAUAGUACUCCAGCUGUACUCCAGCUACUAGUACAGUUGGGGUUUUAUUUUAUUGCUUUUACAUAUCAGAUUUUUUGUUACUUGAUAAACCUUAACAACAAUUAUUUAAAGUUGAUUUUAACUGUAUUUGUCCACCAUCCAAUACGUGACUUGAAAAGGUGACUACAGGGUAAAAAACUUUAACAAAGUGAUAAUUUUGAGCUUAAAUUUGACCUCUUGUGUGAUAAAAAAAUCAGGUGCUGGACACCCAGCAGAACAAAAACAACCCAAACACUAUUUAUUUAUUUAAAUCCAUUCCUUUAUUGUUAUUUAUGGUAUUUAUAUGGAUGCUUUACAGUUAUAAUGUACAUACAAGCUAAAAAAAUUAAAAAUAAAGGUUUACUUUUGAAUGUAUGAGCUGGAGUUGUUGUUGAUGGAGAUUUGCUUGAAUUUGGUGCAAAAUAAAGAGAAAAGGAAUCAUUUUCAGCAUCUGUCUGCUACCUUAAGCGCUCUCCAGGUUUGCACUCACUACAUGACAACAUAACUAUGUGAUACGUAAAUCACAUUAAAUACUUUUUAACACUUGAAUGAGAAAUUCACAUUAAAAAAAAAAGUUUGAUUGGAGAGUCCCGGUUCUUAAAAUCUAAACUGUUGACUAAUCUUACAUCUAUGGUUCACUUAUUGUUUUAUUUGGAUUAUUUUGUUAAAUAGUGAAAAGGCUUUUAAGAUUAACAUUCAACAACCUUCACAAUUAUUGGUAAAGAUAUGUAAAAUGGCUUAAAAUAUAUUUUUUUAUUGCAGCAGCACAAAGUUUUACACUCAAGAAACACGUACCGGUAACUUUUAAGUACAAGAAUAAAUAUUAAGAAAUAAUCAGAGGUUGGCUUUCCCCUCCCCAUUCAUUACCCAGAAAAAAACCCUCUGGUAUUUAUGGAAGAGGAUUAGAGACAACUGAAAAAUAUAUGACUUUAAGAUUUAUUUUUUCUUAAAAUUCUUAUUUUUAUCUCAAAAUUCUUAUUUUUUUUCUGCAAUUCUAUUUUUUCAAAAUCAGAAUUCUGACUUUUCUCAAAAUUCUAGUUUUUUUCUGAGACCUCUGACGGUUUCCUGAUGUAGAAGAGUGAGAAUAUUUUUUUCAGUAUCCCUAACCCUCUUCUGUAGGCAUUUCAAAGAGUAAACAGGAGAGUUUAGAAGACAAACAGGCCCUGAGUUUGGCAGAAUCAGGGACUGACGUUGUUUUCCACAUAUUCUUCCCACCAGGUGAAGUCCAUGUGGGGCAGAGUGACUCUCAAACACCUGGAGCCUUCAGGUUCUGUUUGGGAUUUUAUCACAAAGCAGAUUCACGUCUCGGCAGACGAACAUCUAGUUGUGAUACUUUUAUUGAAUAUUCUUAUAAUGAAGAUGAUUUUGUUUAUCCUUCCACCAUUAAUAAGACAUCUGGUUUUGGGAAUAAAGGCUAUUAGAGAUGACUGCAGAGGCCAAAACUAUGAAAGGAACUAAAAGCAUGACAAUUGCAUCCAAGAAAUAUUUUGAAACUAUGAUUUUGCGAUCUGACGCAGCCUCUAAAACCGAUCAACAUCCUGACAAAAUGAAAAUAAGAAUCAAACUCAAGAAAAAAACUGUUUACUCUGUAACUACCUUCUACAGCAUUUUAUCUGAAUGGCAUGUUCUCUUAUUUUCUGAAUUAUAAAAAUGUAAUUAAAAAUUAUGUUAAAUUCAUAACCAAUUAAUUACUAUUAUUGAUUACAUACCCUAGAGACUGACUUAAUUUAAAAGACUUGAUUUAAAAGAAGGUUAAAUAGAAGUAAAAAAAAA